CUGGGAUUAUUGCGGCUCAGAUAAACGAGUACAAUUUCACUGGUGCCGCACCUGGAGUGAAAUUGGGCAUGUACAAGGCGAGCGGUUGUGGCGGGGACACUACCAAUGAAAUAUUGAUAGCUGGGUUCAAUGCCGCCUUCGAAGAUGGGAGUGACAUCAUAUCUUGCUCUGCAGGCGAUGAUUCUGGCUGGGCUUCGGACCCUUGGGCUAUCGUAGCCUCGAGGAUUGCCGCCGCUGGUGUCCCGGUUGUAGUAGCGCCCGGAAACUCGGGCGACUUGGGUCUGUGGUAUCCGUCCACCCCCGCAUCGGGUGUGAAUGUGACUGCAGUCGGUUCCAUCGAAAACAUAGUCUUGCCAACGUUUCUCAAGGCGGCUUCAUUCAGCCUGGGAAACGGGACUAGGACGGAACGCUUCGGUAUUAGAUAUGGCAAUCCUACCUAUCAAGUGAACGUCACCCUGCCGCUCUGGUCUGCGAGUAACGAUACGACCUCGGAAGCGGAUGCCUGCGACGCGCUCCCUGAUAGCACGCCAGACCUUUCUAGCAGGGUCACCCUUCUUCGUAUGCCUAAUUCUAGUUCUACCUGUACUCAAGAAGUUCAAGCCGGAAAUGUUGCUGCUAAAGGAGGUCAAUACCUACUAUGGUACAGCCGAUCUAAUGGAAGCAUCGCGGACAUUUAUAUCUCCAACGGAUCAAUUAAAGCUGUUGGCACAAUAUCAUCUGAUCAGGGCAGCAAGUUCAUAUCGUCAUUAAGUAAGGGGGAUACUAUCACCGUGAAUAUCAAUGACUGGACAUCCGCGGGCCAACUCGUCCAUAACUUGGAUAACCCAGUUAUUGGGGGCUACGUAAGUCGGUCGAGCAGUUGGGGUCCUACCCAAGAAAUAAAUGUUAAACCUCAAAUUGCUACCCCUGGGGGUGAUAUCCUAUCGACAUAUCCAUUAGCUUUAGGUGGCUAUGCCGUCCUCUCGGGUACCUCAAUGGCAACGCCAUUACUAGCGGCUAUCUUCGCUCUCAUCUCAGAAGUCCGCGGGACUCGUGAUCCCCAAUUUCUUCGCAGCUUGGUUUCUGCUACAGCGAAGCCGAGAGUCUGGUUUGACGGAGAAAAUGCCCACAGCGAUAUUCUCGCGCCAGUGGCACAGCAAGGUGCAGGAAUUGCUCAGGCAUGGGAUGCAGCGCACACGUCCACAAUCCUCAGCGAGAGCAGCAUCUCCUUCAAUGACAGCGACCACUUCGUUAGCGAGCGAAGCUUCACGAUCCAGAACACUGCUCAAGAGGAUGUGACUUAUGCUCUCGGCCAUACUAAAGCUUUGACAAUGUACACCUUCGCCAAUUCCGGCGGUCCCGUCCUCAAAACAACAUACUUUCCGAACCCAACGGCAGAUAGCUGGGCUGAAUUGGACUUCGUCUCCGACCAAAUAACCGUACCGGCCGGCGGAAGCUCCAAGGUAACGCUCACGCUUACGCCCCCGAAAAAUCUAAAUUCAACCUUACUGCCCAUUUAUAGCGGUUAUAUAACCCUCAACAGCACGAAGGGGGAAUCACUCGUAUUGCCAUACUUGGGCGUGCUUGGCAGUCUAUACAACACACCCGUAAUCCAGGCUGGCUACGACGGUGGAGUCUACCUGACCAAUACAGACGGGCACUUCAAUAUUCCUGUCCCAGCCAAUACUACAUUCACGCUGAACCGUCCAGGUAGAAAUUCGAGUUCAAGCGGUGUCGUGUAUCCGAAACUAAGAAUCGCGCCGACACUAGGUGCACCUCAGCUCCGCGCCGAUGUCGUCGCGUUAACGGACACUGGUUUGCCGACAACUGACUGGAAAGGAUAUAAGAUAAUUGGCUCUUUGUCAGGGUUCCCUAUCACACUUGUUCCGCGAAACGGGGGGAACAGUUAUUUCUAUGGUGUCCUAGACGAUAAUACUGUUGUCCCGGAAGGUACUUAUAAAUUCGUCACAAGCGCAGUCCGGGUAUUUGGCGAUGCUUCUAAAGAGGAAGAUUGGGAUAUAGUUGAGUCAGUACCCUUCGUGCUUCGGUACAAGUCCUAAGCUCGAGUGAAGUACUCCUCAUAAUAGGUACCUACCUACCUACAUACUCAGGUUACACGGUCAAAUACGGAGUAGAGGAAAUUACGAAGAGACGAAUCACUUAGCUAGGUACCUAAUAGGUACGUAGGUAGUUAAUUAGGUGACUAUCAUGAAAUUUCAUCCUGAGUAUUCGUGAAGGUGGUAUGAAAAGAAAGCGAGAGGGGGUUCUAUGAGUCUAUGCGUUGUUACGAAUAGCGGGAAGUUUUACCAUGAACUGAAUGCAUUGUUAAUUUUAGCAGAUUAAUUUAUGAUUGGUGG